AUGUCUUCCCAGGCAAAGCCCGUUUUCGUCCUCGCCCCUGGCGCCUGGCACACGCCAGACUGCUACCAGAUCGUGCAGGACAAGUUGCAUGCCCAGGGUUGGGAGACACGGGCCGUGGCGUACCCGUCUGUGGGUGCCGAGCCCCCGACCAAGGGUGCCUUCGACGAUGCCGCUGCUGUGCGUGCCGAGGUCCAAGCUCUGGCGGAUCAGGGCCGACAGGUAGUCCUCGUCGGCCACUCAUACGGAGGCCUGGUUAUCUGCGAGGCUUCCAAGGACCUUGGAUACAAGCAGCGCAAGGCUGAAGGCAAGGAGGGCGGCAUCGUGCUCCUGGUCUUCCUGUCUGCCUUUGUCGUGCCCAAGGGCCUCAGCCUUAUCAAGAUGCUUGGUGGCAACCCUCUGCCAUGGAUGGACUUCCAGGGCGAGCGCGUCUACGCCCGCACACCCGAGGAGAUCUUCUACCACGAUGUCCCCGAGGAUCUGACCAAGGGUGCCGUCUCCAGGCUCCAGCACCAGUCGGCCCAGGUCUUCCGCGACGAGGCCACCUACCAGGCCUGGGAGGACAUCGAGAGCAUGUACUUCUUCUGCGACGACGACCGCGCGCUUCUGCCCUUCAUCCAGAAGCAGAUGGCGCCCAUGUUCGGCCCCAACGCCAUCACCUGGGCCACCAAGGGGUCCCACUCGCCCUUCCUUGCCGAGCCGGACAACGUUGUCGCGGGCCUGCUGCACGGUGCCACGGAGGCUCAGAAGCGGAUUUAG